AGGGACUAACUCUACUGAACGUUUUUCCUUCCAUUAUUUAUUAUGUAAAGGUAUAUGUGUGUUAUGAUUGUGUUUAUAGGUUGUUUGUCUUUUUGCACAAAAGUCCGCGAGCAUUGCCACUUUCAUUUCACUGCACAUCUCGUAUGUGUAUGUGACAAAUAAACUUGACUUGACUUGACUUGACUUGACUGACUUUCAGCCCCACCACAGGGCGUGGACUUACCUUCGGGGCACAUUCCUUGCCUGGGAUCGAUGCUCCAACCGCAGCCUGCAGACUUUAAGCUCAAGGGCUCGCAAUCUCGGGAGAGACUUAGUCGGGAGCUUCAUAGUCGCAGAAGGUUUUGACCAGCCCCGACCCAGUGUCGAUCACCGGCGUGGGGGAGUUAACAUCCCACUGAUGCAGGAGCAGAUCGAUCCGAUGCGGAGGGCUCGCUGCCGGUUACUGGAGUUAAGAUCAUCCCGUCAACGGAAGGCUGGUGGUCCCCAACCACGGGAGAACAAAAAGGGAAGAGAUUGAACUUUUUUUCACCUUCCAUCACAGUGAGGAAUGUGGAGGAGUCACUCGGGUGAAAGUUUAUGUUAAAUGUAUUUUGUGUUCUGUUGCUUUUUAUUAGUAUGACUGUAUAGCAAAUCAAAUUCCUCAUAUGUUGCAAAACAUACUUGGCUAAUAAAAUGUCUGACUCCGAUGAAGCUGCUGUAAUCAGACCCUCACUGAGUGAGGCCCAGGUGGUGGAGUUGGUCGGACGCUUGUACGGUCUGAAGGUUUCAGAAGUCAAACCACUGCCCAGUUACAUGGACCAGAACUUCCACAUCCUGGUGUGCGAGGCCCAGGAAGGUGGAGAUCACGGGGAGAGUUACGUCCUCAAGGUUCUGAACACUGACGACAGCCAAUACGCUGAUUUGGUGGAAGUACAAACGCGAGUCAUGAUGUUCCUAAACCAGAAAGGUUUUCCUACAACCACACCAAUCCCAACCAUUGAUGGCAAGAUUCUGUCCCUGGAGACAAUCAGUUGUGGUGAAGAAUAUAAGAACUACAUGGUCCGAUUGUUGACCUACCUGUCAGGAACUCAACUACUGGGGAUCUCUGCAGACUCACAGAUCCUGUACAAAAUUGGCCGAACACUUGCUCAGAUUAACAAAGCUCUGACGGAAUUCAAGCACCCCAACAUUAAGAGCCUGCAGAGAGAUUCUGACAUCUGGAACCUUUCAAACACUCACCAGCUGCACAAGUACCUGUCCGCAGUGAAGAACACCAGUGAUCGCCAAAUUGUGGAGCAAAUUAUUCAGCAAUUUGUGAAGAAGAUACAUCCAAAUAUCAACAACUUUCAUAAAAGCAUUAUUCACGGGGACUUCAGUCACACCAACAUUCUUGUGCAGCCUCUUCAUUCAUCAGCUGAUUGCUCCAAUGCAGCAGGUCACAUGCAGCAGGAACUGGAGAUUUCUGGCAUCCUGGACUUUGGCGAAACGGCUCGUGGUUACUAUGUGUAUGACUUGGCCAUCUGCAUAAUGUAUCUCACGCUGGACAGCGAAGACCCCCUGCAUGUUGGAGGCCAUAUUCUUGCAGGUUUCGAGAGUGUGAUCCCUUUAACUCUCCAGGAAAGGGAUGCCUUGUAUUUGCUGGUUCUUUGCAGGUUCUCCCAGUCGCUGGUUAUGGGGACAUAUAAUAUCCUGCAUUACCCAGACAAUGAAGAGUACCUACUGACUACAACAAGAACUGGCUGGAAGCAUUUACGCCAACUCUGGGAGCUAGGAAAAGUAGCAGUGGAGAAAGUUUGGUUUAUGACAGCCAAGUCCUACCUCACUCAGUGAAACCUCCAUUGGUUCUCAGUGCCGGAGUAUCAUUGCCUCUCCCACAACAUCCAUAUUUGAAAAAAAGAUUAAAACACAAUCGAGCAAUAUUCCUACCAUUUGAAAUUAUAUCCAGAUGGAUUUUAAGCCAUUUCUCACUGGCAUCCUUUAGUUUAGUUUAGUUUACUGUCACCUAUACCGAGGUACAGUGAAAAGUUUUUGUUGUAUGCUAACUAGUCAGCAGAAAGACAAUACAUGAUUAUAAUUGACCCAUUUACAGUGUAUAGAUAUCUGAUAAGGGAAUAACGUUUAGUGCAACGUAAAGCCAGCAAAGUCCAAUUAAGGAUAGUCCGAGCAUCAACUAAGAGGUAUAUAGUUGUUCAGCACUGCUCUCUGGUUUAUGUUUUUCGCUGGCCAUCUUUCAUUCACAUUUCCCACUGUAACUGAAUCAACAGUCCAAGUGUGAACCUCUCUACAAUCACUGAGUCCCAGUCUAGAGCUUCCCCUGCGUGGACCUGAAACGGUGCAGCCAACCAUCAUGAGAUGUGAUGCCUGGUAAAUAGUCUCAAUAUCCUCAUUGCCAUUAGGCCAAAUUUUUCCUUCCUCACGUAAUGCCAGAGUUCAUUCAUCUCCUUCCACUUCAACUCCAAUCAGGCACUUUUGUCGUGCACUAUCCUUUGCCAGUGUCUUCCAACAACCCCCAUCGCCACUUCCAUUGUUUAAUUCUUGCUGUCUUCCAUCCUUCACCACUUGCUCUGCAAUCGAAUUUGCUACGGCGCUCUUCCAGGGAGUUGCUAAAUGCAUUUCGUUGUCUCUGUACUGUACACUGACAAUGACAAUUAAAAUUGAAUCUGAAUCUGAAUCUGAAAACUUAUUCCAACUUUCCUUUUUCAAUUUCUAACGAAAGAUCACCAACCUGAAAUGUUAACUCUUCUUCCCUCCACACAAUAGGUGAGAAUUAGUCAUAGAGUGAUACAGUGUGGAAACAGGACUUUCACUUGCCCACACAUUCCAGCUAUACUAAUCCCACCUGCCUGCGUUUGGUUCAUAUCCCUCCAAACUUGUCCUAUCCAUGUACCUGUCUAACUGUUUCUUAAACGUUGGGAUAGUCCCAGCCUCAACCAUCUCCUCUGGCAGCUUGUGCCAUACACUUACCACCCUUUGUGUGAAAAAGUUAUCCCUCAGAUUCCUGUUAAAUCUUUUCCCCUUCACCCUGAACCUAUAUCCUCUGGUCCGCGAUCCCCCUACUUUGGGCAAGAGAUUCUGUGCAUCUACUCGAUUUAUUCCUCUCAUGAUUUUAUCCACAAGCAUCAUUUGCAGCAUUUUAAAUGUUUUUUUUAAUAUAAUUAUGGACAGAUAUGGUGAUGGGGCAGAUAUUGAGCGGAUGAACAUGUUAAAUAGGGGCAUAUGUGAUCAUGGGAUGGAUAUGGUGAAGGGAUGAUAUAAUGAUUUGAUACUGUGAGAAUAUGGAAGCCUAGCGAGAUGCAGUGCUCCUGGUGUUAUGUCCCAAAACCUGGAUAGAUAAAAAUAUAAAUAUUCUGACAUGUGAAUAGUGUUUCAAUUUUAUGCUGUAAUUUUCCUCACACUUGACUAUUAAAACAUAUGAACAA